AUGGAAAAAUACUUGCAAAAGCGAAAUUGUAAUGUUAUUCAAGCCGAUUGGUCAAAAUUGUCUGGUUUAACAUAUGUUAAUGCAAUUCAAACAUCAAUUUCUGUUGGAAAUUACAUUGGAAAGUUUAUAGUUCGUCUUCUUGAUUCAGGAUUAACGUCUCACAAUCGAAUUCACUUAAUCGGACAUUCUUUGGGAGCUCAUAUCGCGGGAAUUGCGGGUAAAGAAACUUUCCGAUUAACGGGAAAAGAAAUUGGAAGGAUAUCCGGUUUAGAUCCAGCAAAACAAUUAUUCGAAAUACCUAGUUGUCCGGAUUCGGCUCGUCUACAACAAACCGACGCUGAAUUAGUAGAUAUUACUCACACAGAUUGUUUAUUAUUUGGAUUUAAAAAACCGCUUGGAACGGUUGAUUUUUAUUUUAAUGGUUCGAGAUUUCAACCCGGAAAUCGGCCACCAAAUUUGAAUGUGUUAUGGAAUAAAGAUGAUUUUCAGGAAUAUCUGUUUUAUGGUCAUAGGAAAAGUUGUAAAUACUUUAUGGAUUCUAUAAAUAAUCGAGAUAUUAUUGGAUGGAAAUGUAAAAGUUUGGAAAAUGUUAGAAGGAAAAUUUAUGAUAUGACUGACGAAACUAUUUAUGGAGAGAAUAUUUCGGAAUCAGCUCAAGGAAUAUACUUUGUAAAGACUUAA